GCAGGCAGUCGCGGCGUCGGGGGCCGGGAGUUCUGCCAGGGGGUGGCUCCAGGCAGGGCUAGCAGGCCGAGGCGGGGAGGGGGCGCAACGCGCGGAGUCUCGACUGGAGGCGGCAGGGACAGAUCAGGCGAGCCCGUCCCGUCUGUGCGUCCGCCUGUCUGCGCCAUGGAACCUGAGCCUGUGGAAGAAUGUGUCCAGAGCACACUGGCUGCCUUGUACCCUCCUUUCGAAGCCACUGCCCCCACCCUUCUGAGCCAGGUCUUCGAAGUGCUGGAGCGAACGUACCAACAUGAUGCAUUGCGCUACACCCUUGACUUCCUUGUCCCUGCCAAGCACAUCUUGGCUCGCAUCCAGAGUGAAGCCUGUGCUCAGUAUAGUGGCUUUGUCUUUUGCCAUGAGGGUUGGCCACUGUGCCUUCAUGAAAAAGUCCUGGUCCAGCUGGGUUCCUUGCCGUGGCAACACCUGUGUCCUGGGGAUUUCUACUUGCAAGUGGUGCCUCACCGGGAAUGUGCUCCCCGCCUAGUCUUGAAAUGCCUCUCACUGGAGGGCCGUGGGGUUCAGGAGUUGCCUGUGUCCCCAGACUCCUAUCGAUUCCUGUUCACCAUUGAGUGGCUCAAUGGCAUCAACAAAGAACGUCGGAUAGGGCGUCUGGAACGCUGCUUGCUGGCAGCUGGGGAAAAAGUGCUGAGCCUGCCCUGGGCUGAGCUGGUGUAUCCCCAGUUUGUGCACAAGGAUGGGUUUAUUGUGGGGCAGCGUUGCCCUACAGAUUUGACUCCUGAGGUACUGGGGGCAAGAAGUCCUGGUGACGGACGUCAUUCUGGUGGAGAGAACCGGGAGUCUGAGGGGGAAUACGUUCACCUUCUGGAAGUCAGCCCCACCUUGCAUCAAGCACCCAGAAUCCCACAACCUUGCAGUGCCCAGAUUCAGACAAUGCCUGCUCGCAAGGGACAUAGCAAAAAUAGGAGCCGGCGCCACCGGGCCUGGCUCCAUCAUAAGUCAGGCUGUGGGGAGAACUUUGCUUUGCGACAGGCUUGCAAAACUGAGGAGGCAGAGAGGUCUAGCCAAGAGAAGGAGAUCCAAGAUGAGAAGGUAGAUCAGCUGAGACAAAAUCCUAGCCCGGCUUUGGGUCUAGUCUUAGAAACUUCUAGAGUAGUUGGGAACUUAAAUCCUAAGCAACUGGAGCAAAACCUAGAUCCCAUUGAAGCAAAGACACCACCAGCCAUUUUGAGUGAUAAUGAUGGUGUCACUGGAGACACAGUUCUGGGGAAAGAAGAAUUGCUUGAAUCCAUUCACCGAGGUCCAACUCCUCCUAAGGAGGACAGCAAUGAAAGCCAUUCUCCAGCUUCAGCAACACCAAAACGCAACACCAAGGGAAACCGGAGGAAAAAGAAAGGUGCUGGGAGAGGAGCUGGUGGGCGGAUUAAACCGGGAAUGGAUUUCAUUAACCAAGAAACAAGAGCUUCUGAUAUUAAAAUGGGUGCUGAAAAGGAGGAGGCCUGCGCUGGUCCAGGAGAACAGGAUUCUGGGACUGGAAGUGUUCAUGUUAGUACCAGAGAGCCAGCCAGCAUCAAAGAAUCAUGUGUUGAUACCACAGAUUGUGAUGACACCCAAGAGAAAGGCAGACUCAUGGAAAAUCAAAGCCUUGAGACUGGAGGGGAGGGAGCCAGCAAUAAGGACUUGGCUGUCAACACUGGAGACUGUAUUGUUGGUGCUACAGAGCCAGAUAGCAGCACAGGAAAAUGUAGCGUUGGUGUAGGAGACAAUGAAGAGAGCUCUGGAGAACGAAGCGCUGAAGGCCCAAGACCUAACACUGAAGAGCCAAAUGCUAAACCCAAUGCUGGUGAACCAAGAAUUAGCACUGAGGAGGUGAGCAUCCCAGAAAAAGAGGUGGACAGUUCUGAAAACCAGUGUAUGGUGGAACAGGAUCUUGACAUCGAAGAACCAAUGCUUACUGACUUGCCAAGGAAGAAUGAUCUAGCAAGUAUUGACGGGAGAGAAGAGGCUGAAGAGGCCAUAAGCAUAGCAGCUGAUCAGGGCCCAGGGGAAACACAAAAUUCCCCUUUACCCACGGUGGCUCGUCUUGGGGAAUCUGUAAACUGGAAUCUUCUGCAAUCAGGAGUUUUUGCUCUGACAGGAGGAACAGACAAGGCAGGCCAUUCCUUGCUGACCAUAGUGCCCCAGCCUCUUCAGGAUGAGUUGCCUCCAGGACAGGAGGAUCUGGUCAAUACCUUAAGAUACAUGCACUCACUUCUCAGGCAAGAGCUGAAGACUCUUGGGCUGGUGGUGCUGUUGGACCUACACCACGUGGAUGACUGGGCCUUCCAGGCCCCUGUAUUGCUGCCAGCUCUAAGGGCAUUCCAGGAGAGCACACCAACCCCCAUCAGUCAGCUGCUGGUGAUCUUACCUUCUGAUGAUCGUUUUGUACCCCAUGAAGAGGAAUUGACCUUAGAACCUGCUGUGGAAAUCCGGCUUCUCUCUCUGCGUGAACUUCCACAUUAUGUGGCCUUGGAUCAGUUGACCCCAGCACUAGGUGGGACUCUGAGCCAUUCGCCACCGAAAUGGGUUAGAGAACACCAGGCUCUUGAGCAACUACAGGAUCUCUGCUGUAGUGUUCUCCAGACUGUGUGUGAGGCCAGUGACCACCUCAAGGCAGUGGAAACAGCAUCAAGUCAGGAGGAACUGUCAAUUCAAAUCACCUUGCAUCAGGAAACUAUGCAGAAAUUGCUUUCAGAGCCGCAUCUGCUGGAGCUCCAGCGCCAUGGAGGCUCCUUGCUGGCACGGCUACCUCCACUGGGGCCCUGCAGUAUGCAAGCUGUGGCUGCCACAAGACUCUACCAAGAGGUGGAUGAAGCCCUCCAUGGACUUGUUCAGCUCAGCAACCGGUGUCUGGAGGUUUUGCAGCAGGAGAAAAAAAACACACGGGUUCAGCAGGAAGGCAAAACAUGCCUUCAGUCUGGUGACAGCAGUGUAGAAAAGAAGAGAGAAGGGGAGAGAUCAGCUGAGGGGCUAGCUGAAGAAGCGUCUUUGGAGAGGAAAUUGUUACAAAACCCCAGAUCUUCAGGCAAGACACAGGUCACACCAGAAGACAGUUCCGUUCCCCGAGCCCGCGCAUGCAGCAUCAGUGCUUCCUCCUCACCUAAGCAUGGCUGGGAGCUGGGGGCCAAGUUUGGCUCCUCUUGCAGUUUAACUUCCCUCUUCCAGCCACUUGCCAGCCCCAUGGCCUCCCCUUGUUGUUCUCCUGCCCGAAACAAUGCUCUAGGCAGUAGGAAGAAGAGGCAGGGGCCUCUCACCACUCCCAAAACCCCCGUAUCUCCAGUUACCCAGCUGGCAUUACGAGCCUUGAGUGAUCCGGGUCGCCCUAGAGUGCAUAUACGUGGCCUGGAGGUGAGCAGCCGGGAACUGGCAGACAGGAGCUGUUCUCCCCGUGAACAUGUGCUGCUGGGGCGCAGCAGGACUCACGUUGCUGAAGCACCCUGGGGGGCCACACCUCGCCUGGAAAGAAGGCGUUGCCUUGGGGUCCAACAGCAGCUUUUGGUUGAGUUGCUGGAGUGUGAGCGGGAGUAUGUGGGUGCCCUUACCCAGCCCCUCUCUCUGUCUCAGGAGCCCGGGGGACAGGCCUCGACAGCUGAGUUAAGGUGCCUGGGCAAUGCCCUCCAGGCCACGCGGGACCGGCUGCUGGCCUUCCAUUCCAGCUGCCUCCUGAGCGAGUUGGAAGGAUGCAUGAGCCACCCAUCACGUGCUGGCAGCUGCUUCCUGCACCACAGAGAGGAGCUUCAACUGUAUGCAACCUAUGCCAAAGAUCACCACAAAUUCCAGGCUGCCCUGGCUUUGCUUCGAAGUACUAGCAAGAAAGGCCUGAUGGAGCCACGUGAAGAUGGGCAAACAGCAUACGCUUUGCAGGUGCCUCUGGAGCAGCUGGAGCGGUACCAGCGCUUCCUGGGUGAGCUGCUACACGAAUGUGAGCUCGAGCAGGGGCCUGACCGCCAAGCCCUGCAGGAGGCCCAGCAACUGCUGGAGGCCCAGGAGCAGCGAGGCAGAGACCUGCUGGCCGCAGAGCAGAUCCGGGGCUGCGAGAUGAAACUGUCAGAACAAGGGCCAUUACUGCAGCGUGGGGAGCUCACUCUGCUGUCCGGACGCCGUAAGUGCCAGCGGCACGUCUUUCUCUUUGAGCAGCUGCUACUCUUCACCAAAUGUAAGGGGGCUGAGGGUGGCUUUGUCUGCAAACAGGCCUUGCAGACGGCUUCCAUGGGUUUGACGGAGAGUGUGGGUUCUAAUGGGUUACGCUUUGAGCUUUGGUUUGGACGGGGACCGGCCCGGCAGGCCUAUACGUUGCAGGCAGCCUCUGCUGAGGUCAAACAUCAGUGGACAAACAUUAUAGCCCAGCUGCUCUGGAGACAAGCUGCCCAGCCAAGUGUCUCAAUGAGCUUAUCCUCCUGCCCUUCUCAGCGUUUAGCUCCUCUGGGCCUUGGCCCCGGCCCCCCUCCUCCUGGCCUGUCACUGCCUGGCCACUUUGAGGAAGAGGAAUGGGACUUAGAUGUCAAGCCCAUCCCGAGAGCUCACACCUCAGAAUCAGAGGGAGCCUCCCCGAGCCACCAUGAACCACUUAGGCAGGGGAGAAGUUCACUGCCUGGCAGCAGCUCUGCUUUAGGACACCAUCAGUCAAGCUUUGGCAUUGCCGGCGAACCAGUGACCCCACUCUGAGGUUGGGGCGGCCAGCGUUGGGUGUGGAGCCUGCAUCGGAAACUCUUUUCUCCAGGAAGCCAUGGAAGGCAGGACUCGGUUCCUAGGGACUCUGGGAACAGGACAGUUUGAGAUCCCUGCAGAAACUUGGGGAAUGGGGCACAAAUGGAUGCUCAUAUCCAACAAUAUUGUGACUUGCUCCCACCCAGUUUCCUGAUGGCUCUGCUACCACUCCACAGAAGCAUCUAGAUUGGUCAUAUCCUACUAUGGGAUGUCCAUAUCCUGCCUGAUUACUACUCAUUGAGUGCCUUUUCCACCAUUUUCUUGGAUUGUGAAAUUCCUGGAGAGUUUUGGUCAAGCUGAACUACUAUCAGUAGCUAGUAAGAGGGGCUACCAGGCAAGGAAGCUCAACCAAGAAACUCCCAAGUUGACCCCAAUUAAAGGUUGCUGGGAAGAGGGAACUUGGUGGGCUGAAUCAUCUUCUACUGAGGAUCAAAUGUGAUAAUACCCAGUGUAUGGAUCUGUGCAUUUAUUGGGUGUCCUAUCUCUAAUCACAGCUUCAGUGUUAAGAUUGAUUGGUAUUUUGCUCAGUCCAGUGGGUGAUGAAAGGAAGAAUCUGGGCUGCAGUUGUUAGGCAACUACAGCAUCCAUUUCCUGAACCUCCUCCAAGCUAAUUCUAGAGAAAAAGGAAGAAAGAGGGCAUCUGGGCUACAUGGAGGGGUAUAUGAUUGCUAUAGAAUAUAAAGGUAUCCCCAUCUAAAAUAGGAGACAGGUAGCUUCAGGUGAGUCACUCAAGAUCAGAAGAGCAGUAUGACAGUACAGGAAUGAUGUGGCAGUAUGCAUGGUGCUGUAGACCAUCACAAGAUAACUAUUUUUCUGGGACUGUGCCAUUUUAGAAUGCAAAGGGGAUGCUUGCCAAUAUAAUUUUGGGAUUUUGAGCUUCUUUUAUUUUGCAUCUUCAUUUGUAAAUUAAUUGGCAUGGCAAGGAGAGUUAAGAUAUCUUAGAUAUCUAUUUUAUGUUUGCUAAUAUUUCUGGGCAGGGAGUUUUGAUGAGCAAGAAUACUUGGUUAAAGGAAUCCUACACCCCUAACAUUCUUGCAGCCUGAAAACAUAUAAAAAUGGUUGUUCCAUGAUUGUGCUGAGCAUAAGGAAGAGAUUCCUGCACCAUACACAUACAUCUUUUAAUUUUCUAGUUUGAUUUUGAGAUGAAUAGAUAAUACCACGUGGCUUGCUUAAGGGACAAGAUUUGUACAAAACCAAUUCCCAUGUGAAAAACUCCUUUGCAGCGUGAGUGAAAACAUCAAAGACUAGAGGAGAGGGGUGGUUACUUUUCCCUGUGGCAUAAGGUUUGGCUUAUUUGUUGGAGCUCUGAAAAAUGUCUUCCUCUAGUGAAGCUGUUUGGUUUUUUUUACGUGGUAUGCUGUGAUUCUGAUUGUGGGAACUAAUCUAUGAAGAGCUAACAAAUGGUGCUAUAUUUAGAGUUGGGCAAGGGAUACCGAUUUCGGGUAGUAUUGUGACUCUACUAGUGGAUACAGGCAAUUUCUUUCUAAUUUGGUAAGUUGAGUUGUUUGACAUCUGUCUCUUUUUUAUACGUCCUCUAGGAAUUUAAUGUAGGACUUUCGCUUAUGCCCACGUAGAACAGGUGAUAAAAAUCACUGGGUUGAAUCCAUAUUAAGAUCAUUGUACUUGCCUCAAUGAUUUUCAGUUGGAACAAAGGACAAUUUAAUAUCAGUCAUAUCUAUUGUGAUCAUACUAUAUUCCUUCAAAAACAAACAAAAAUUGUAAGAAGAUGCAAGAAGAUGUAAUGUAGAAUAUAAAUCUGUAGCAUUGAUAUAAUGCACUGAGACUGAACAGUAUUCGUAGACAUUUGAGCAUUGUCAGAAAUGCCACUAAACUUAUUGUGCCAUAUGACCUGUUCUUCCACUUUUUUAAAAAACACUGAGCUAUCAGUCCCCUUCAACUAAAAGGAUUGCAACAGCACAUAAGUAUCUUUUUUGCUAUUCAUUUCUAUUAAUGAUGUGGGCCUACAGUAUUUUUUCCCUUUUUGGAAUAGAAUUAAUUCCUUUGUUUAUAACCACUUUUGGAUGGACUGGUGCUUGUUUAUUUUUUGCCUUAACCCGCCAGCGUAAACUACAGUGCUGAAAAGCUGCUUAAACCUUGUUAAAAUGGCACCAAUGAGGUUUAAUUCUCACCACACAGUACAUGAAGUUGUAAGAUGUAUCAAAACUGUAUGACUUGAAGGGCAACUAGAUGCUUAAAACGCUGCCAACAAUAAAAGAAUGUAUGUGUUGAUUUGAAGAGCGAAAAGGACUGAUGGGUGAGAUGAGUACAAACUAUCUCUUAUAAAUCAUUUAUAUCUUCUUGCAUAUUCUUUUUAUAUGCAGUUUCUUCUUAAAAGGCCCAACACUAGGAUUAUCCCAGUUGUAUUGUUAACUGUUUUAUUUUCAUUUUAAAUUGCAGGCCUAGCUGACCAUAGUAAGCUAAGCUAGAUCAGAUCUAGUUAGGAAAGUUGGAUGGGAGACCACCAGGAAAUAAAAGGGAUAUAGGUAAGACUGGGAAGUCAGAAAGGCAUCCUGGAAGAAGAUCACUUCUGUAUUGUUGCCCUCCUCAAACCCCUAAGCAGACAUUACUAGUAAGUCAAUAGGAGACAAGGAAGUAUUUUUUUAUUGUUUAUAUACCCACCCAUUCAAUAGGACCAACAUUAAGGAGGUAUAAUUUUCCAUGAGCCAUAGUCCCAAUGAGAAUCACCUAUAUCUGCAAUUAGUUAUAGAGAAAGUUUCCUUGGGUAGCAGUUGGAACUGUUCCCCUCAGGCUGUUUGUCCGUUCCUGUGUAAUCUAGUCCCAAUGACCUUUUUCCUCCCUGCCCCCCUGCUAGUAUUAAAAUACAAACAGCAUUUUGGUUAUUAACACACAAUUAAGAGUAAUGCCUAAUUUGAGUUUUACAGUAACUCCAGUAGUGGAAGUGAUUGAUAGCGAACAAGGGACAGGAUUCAACGUCUUUACCCCAGCUUUCCUUUUGCUGCUAUAAUCAGUGAAGCUGCCUCCCCCUUUCAUAUUUGGGCCACUCCAUGCUUAAGUGGAGGGAACUGCAGCAUACAGUUAACAGUAUUCUCACUCUUCCUUCCCCCCUCCAAAUAUUUCCUGCCUGGACAAAAUGGGAGAGUGAGAAAUAAGGCUUUGCAGGGAGCAAAACACUUUUAACAUCCAGUCAUUAGUGUGUAUUUAGCCCAGAUUUUUGUGAUGUCUGCAACUUUACAUGUAUACUGGUUUCAAGUUUUACAUUGUAUUUCAAUAUUAUAUAUUGAGGAACUGAUGAGGGAAGAUGGGAGCUUAUUUGAGGGAGAUUUUGGUGGUUUUGUGGGUUGUGAAGAUGGGGAAUGCUUUUAAGUCUGAUGCUUUAGAAAAAUCAAAAUGGAUAAAUCAGUAUUGGAAUGUUCAGCAUUUUAGAACUUUCAGGCCCUACUUUCAUGGGAAAAGUAAAAUAUUAUGGGGAUAUCAUGCAAAUUUUAAUCUAUUUGAGAAGUGAUUUAUUGUUAUUACCUACUAUAAAUGCAAGGCAUUGUAAGUACUAAGCAGAGAGCUGAUACUCCAUCAGAUUUACCUAACAAGAUUAUACUUUUUAUAAAAGCAUGCUGAAACAAUAGUCAUUUCUGUCCUUCAGCUCUAAAAGCUACUGUAUUUUUUCUUCACAUUAUCUUGAUUCUCUACCAACUUUAAAUGGAUUAUAAUUA